AUGUCAACUCCAGCUAUUGUAACCUACCUCAGAUCCCUCGAAGCUGUUCGAGAUAGGUCCAACCAAGUAUACGAGCUAGCUCAGAAAGGUAAAUUGGAUCACUGGCAAUUCGACCAGAGUAAAUUAGAUAAGGCGGUUGAUUAUUGUAUAAACAUCAUUCAGAGAGAUUUUGGUACGGAUUAUGCCAAGAUACCUCCCCACUGCCGUCGAAAUCACUUUAUAACCCCAUCCCACGAUCGGAUCUCCAUUCUUCUCUCUGAGCCAAAAUUCCCUUCGGACCCACUGAGCAAAGCAUCGUCCCUGAUCGACCUUUACCUCGUCUCGGUACUGCUUGAUGCUGGCGCUGGACCAGACUGGUCAUACACCGAGAAAGACCAGGAUGGUCAGAUUAUCUGGAAAGGCGGUAGAUCGGAAGGACUGGCUAUAGCAAGUUAUCAUAUGUUUGUCGAGGGGCUGUUCUCGAGUGAUAAAGAGAACACAUAUCAGGUCGAUUCCCAGGCACUGAAGAAUCUCACACCUGAAAUCCUGUCGAAAUACCUCCAAGUGUCAGCAUCGAAUCCUAUGGCAGGGUUGGAUGGGAGAUGUAAUCUAUUGAUCAAGCUUGGUGAUGCAUUGGAGAAAAGACCUGAUAUCUGUAAGAACGGCAGACCAGGUGAUCUAUUGGACUAUUUCUCCACUAGUAUCACUGACUCGACACUCCCCCUCUCAUCAUUCUGGUCAAACCUCUUCGAAUUGCUCUUACCAAUCUGGCCAUCGCGUACCACCCUCCCAUCCUAUCCAGACGAACCUCUAGGCGAUGUAUGGCCUUGUGCAUCAUUAUCAAAAUCGCUCGAGGAGACUGGUGUCAAGAGGGAAGAAGGCGAUGAUUAUGUGGUGUUCCACAAGUUGACUCAGUGGUUGUGUUAUUCAUUGGUGGAAGCUAUUGAAUCGCAAGCUGGCUGGAAAGUCGAUAGAGGCAGGGGACAAACAGGAUUACCAGAGUAUCGAAAUGGUGGAUUGCUCGUCGAUCUCGACGUCCUGUCUAUCAACCCCUCCUCACUGGGUCCCAACGCCUACCCAAACGGUCAAGAUAAACCACCAGUAUUGGAACCUUCCCAUCCGGCAGUAAUCGAAUGGAGAGCAAUGACCGUAAUUUGUCUUGAUAAGAUCCAUCAACUGAUCUGUAGCAAGCUCAACGUCUCGUCCGAGGUAUUGGGUCUAGCUCAAGUAUUGGAAGCUGCUACUUGGAAAGGUGGAAGGGAAAUCGCCAAAGAGAAGAGACAAGGAGGUGGACCUCCAGUCGAGAUCAUCAGUGAUGGUACUGUUUUCUGA